UCCCGGCCCGCCGGCCGUCCUCUUCCCGUUGCCGCCCGCCGUCCUCCUCGCCGCCUUCGCCGUGCCCCCGGCAGCCCGGCCCGGCCCGCCCGCCCCGCGUCCCCUCCGGCCGGCGCCGCUCCCCCCGGCGGGCUGCCUGCAUGUCUUUGCUGCCCUCAGCCCCGCCGCCACCGCCGCCGCCGCCUCCCCCGCCGCCGCAGCCCCAACAGCAGCAGCAGCCGCCGCCCCGCCGCCGCCGCCGCCGCCGCCGCCCGGAGCCCGGCGCGCUGGAUGCAGACUAAUAGGGAUGCCAAAGGAAAAAUAUGAUCCUCCAGAUCCUCGCAGAAUUUAUACCAUCAUGUCAGCAGAGGAGGUAGCCAAUGGGAAAAAAUCUCACUGGGCAGAAUUAGAAAUCUCGGGUAGAGUGCGGAGCCUAAGUACAUCACUUUGGUCAUUGACACACUUGACAGCACUGCACCUAAAUGACAAUUACCUUAGUCGCAUUCCACCUGAUAUUGCCAAGCUUCAUAAUCUGGUUUACCUGGAUCUGUCAUCCAAUAAACUCAGAAGUUUACCAGCAGAACUAGGAAACAUGGUGUCUCUCAGGGAAUUGCUUUUAAAUAACAAUCUGUUACGGGUUUUGCCUUAUGAACUUGGUCGGCUCUUCCAGCUACAAACUCUAGGUUUGAAAGGCAAUCCUUUAUCACAGGAUAUUCUCAAUUUAUACCAGGACCCAGAUGGAACCCGAAAGCUACUGAACUUCAUGCUUGACAAUCUUGCAGUUCAUCCAGAGCAGCUUCCUCCGAGGCCAUGGAUUACAUUAAAAGAACGAGACCAAAUUCUGCCAUCAGCAUCAUUCACGGUUAUGUGUUACAAUGUGUUAUGUGAUAAAUACGCCACCCGGCAGCUAUAUGGCUAUUGCCCAUCCUGGGCAUUAAACUGGGAAUACAGGAAAAAGGGAAUUAUGGAAGAAAUUGUUAACUGUGACGCAGAUAUCAUUAGUCUUCAGGAAGUGGAAACAGAGCAAUACUUCACUCUCUUUCUGCCAGCAUUGAAGGAGCGUGGAUAUGAUGGAUUUUUUUCUCCAAAGUCACGUGCCAAAAUCAUGUCUGAGCAGGAGAGAAAGCAUGUGGAUGGUUGUGCAAUAUUCUUCAAAACAGAAAAAUUUACAUUAGUGCAGAAACAUACAGUGGAAUUUAACCAAGUGGCAAUGGCUAAUUCAGAUGGAUCCGAAGCUAUGCUAAACAGAGUAAUGACAAAAGAUAAUAUUGGUGUUGCUGUGGUAUUAGAGGUCCACAAAGAACUAUUUGGAGCAGGUAUGAAGCCUAUUCAUGCUGCAGACAAACAGCUGCUUAUCGUGGCUAAUGCCCACAUGCAUUGGGACCCAGAGUAUUCUGAUGUGAAACUCAUCCAGACCAUGAUGUUUGUCUCAGAGGUUAAAAACAUUCUGGAGAAAGCCUCUAGUAGGCCUGGCAGCCCAACUGCAGAUCCUAAUUCCAUCCCGCUGGUGCUAUGUGCAGAUCUUAACUCAUUGCCAGAUUCAGGUGUUGUGGAAUAUUUAAGCAAUGGAGGAGUAGCUGACAACCAUAAAGACUUCAAGGAACUAAGGUACAAUGAGUGUCUUAUGAAUUUCAGCUGCAAUGGAAAGAAUGGAAGCUCAGAAGGGAGAAUCACGCAUGGCUUCCAACUGAAGAGCGCCUAUGAAAAUAACUUGAUGCCUUAUACCAAUUACACCUUUGAUUUCAAAGGCGUGAUUGACUACAUUUUCUAUUCCAAGACUCAUAUGAACGUGCUUGGUGUCCUGGGGCCUUUAGAUCCUCAAUGGCUGGUUGAGAACAACAUCACUGGGUGUCCACACCCUCACAUCCCUUCAGACCACUUCUCACUGUUAACACAACUUGAACUCCACCCUCCACUCCUGCCUCUUGUCAAUGGUGUUCACUUGCCUAAUCGGAGGUAGUGGAGUACUGCCCCGCAAGGACGGGGAUCUGUUGCUAUGGACCUGUACAGUUGUAAAUCAAAGUAUGUAGGAGUGAAGUAUGGCCAUCCUUAAGCUGCUUCUUCAGGUUCCUUUCAUUAUGUGUUUGCUGUAAAAUUUUGUACAUUUUUGUGCAUUUUGGUAUCAUUUGGCACUAGGGCUGGAACCAAAGUAUUAACUCUUUCCAAAUUUUUUACUUAAUGUGUCUUUUUAAAUUGGAUCUUUUUCCUGUUAUAUGAAGUUAGCAUUCCUAAUUGAGAAAUCAUCAAUUUGCGGCUCAACAACAGUAUAUUUGUUCUUUUUUUUUUUUUUAGCAAAUACUUUUUUCGAAUGAUUGCAGAUGAGCCAACCAUUUUUGUAAAAGGCAAUUUAAAACAGCUACAAAUACAAAACUUUAAAAUGGUGGCAUGCCUUGCAGGGAAAACUUUACUUCAAUUUUUUCUUUCAUUAUAGCAGUCUUAUUUUGAGCUCCCAAGUCAUUUGCACAGUAACAGAGCACUUAAAUUUGCUAGAUUUGAACAUAAACUAUGAUAUUGCCUCUAGUCAUACUAAGAAAAAUUUAGAAAUUAGAAAUGGUUGCACAAUAUGCUUUCAAAAUCAAGCAUUUAAUAGCACAUGACAGUUUAUUGGACAAAAUGCUGGUUGGUGUUUUUGUAUUUAUUUUUGUUUUUGUUUUUUUUUUUUUAAGAAUCACUCUGUAUUUUGUUUCCCUAAUGGUUAUAAUCUUAUUAGAAAAUUAAUUCUGUCUCCUCCAUUUUUUAAAUAGGGAAACAGCAGGUAAAAUAUACUGCCACAUGUCUUGAAAAUAAAAUUUGGUAUGUUUAGGAUGCUCACAGAAUUAGUGUCUAGUAUUUUUCAUUAUUUUCAUCUACCCUCUUCUGCCUGGCUGUGCUAGAAGAACAGAUUUUAUAUGAUCUGUAUAAUUUUUGCUCUUACGGUCAAAUGUUAAAUAACUAGUGAUCCAAAAAGGCCCUGAUUAAAGUUUUAAAAGUGGAAGAUCACAAAUACCCAUAUGCUUUCCAAACUGUAGGUCAAAUCAUUUUUGGUUUUGGGUUUUUGAGGUAACAGUAGAAAGGAUUUGGGGCAGAGAAAAAACAGUAGUCGAAAACCUUUGAUCAUUUUUUCCUGACUCUAGUUGCCAAAUGGCCAUUAUAUGCUUUUAAUCUUUGUUUCCGUUGUCUGUCAGGGUUGAAUUAAGAAGCUACUGGUUUAUUCCCAACUGUUGAUGCUCUUUAAAUAUGUUUGAAUCCUUUUUUGCCCAGGAGAGGGGCCAGUUGAAAAUCUGUGACUCAAGAGGCAGUGAAAGUAAUAUCAUUUUCUGGGGGAAAAAUUGGUUGGCUACUUGAUGCUAAUUAUGGCACAGUAACAGAAAAAGGUUGUGUCUGUGUUUUUAAGUUUUUCUUUAUUCUGCUUUUUUGCUGCUAUAAGAGUUUCUGAAAUUUAUAUUUUAAACUUUUCAUGCACUUUACUGUUUCUAGUCUCAAAAUGUGAUAUUUUUAAUAAACAAGAAAUUUUCCAUUAUGUGAAUGAAAUUUUAAAAGAAAAUAGCCUAUAUUUGUGUCUCAGUAAUAUAUAAAGUACAGGUCAAAUUUAAAUUAUUUAAUUAGUUUUAAAUAUAUACAAUUUGUUUCCUCUUUCCAACCUGACAUCUUAGGCUGUUUUAUUAGUUUUAAAUGAUGCAUUUCCUUUGGUCAUUUUAUACUAAUUUCUCCCAUAGUAAAUGAAUCAGGCUCUAUGAGAUAUUUCCCCUGAAAGGGUAAUUUUAGUGGGAUGAGGGUGGUGGGAUGAUGUAAUAUCAUAUCUGGGAUUGCAUCAGAAGGGUUCUGUGAAGCCUAAACUCCCUUUUAAAAGUGCCUAGUGAUAGAGGCAUUGUGUGUCAUCUAUUAUAAUUGGAAUGUCAUUGUAGUUGAGUGAAGCUGGUUGUAAAUACAAUAGUCUUUUAAAAAUGUUAAAGUACCAGAACAAAGAGACAACCUUUAAGAUGACGUUUUCCUCAAUGUGCAGGUAUCCCUUCUUAUAUACCUCAAGCAUUCGACAUCUAGCCAUGCAAAUUGAUUACCUGAAGCAUAGUACUGGAAAGUAGAAUAGCAUGAAAAACUUAAUUUUGUGGACAUUACCUUUUUUUGUAAUCAGCUACUGUAUGUUUUAUUUUAAACCUUUUGUUUUGGGUGGGUUUUCUGCUCUGGAGGUAUAUGCACUAACAAACAUUUUCCUCCUUUUCAUAAAAGCAUGUUAAUUAGCAAUGUGAGCAAUAUUUCCUACCAUACUUCACUCCCAAUAUUUUUUGAGAUGUUUGUAUAAAAUGGAAUUUAAAGUUCACUUAUGAUUGUAUAUGAACCACAGAGGAGCCCAUUUAUUAAUAAAAACUUUUUUAAUAGUUAAAUGUAGAGGGAAAAAAUAAAAAAAAAUGGGAAACAUUGUAAACAGCUUAAGUUUAUUUUGUGUAUGAUCGAGGCACUCUGUUGCAGGAAGGUGUGUAUUGGGUUCUCUCUGCUUCCAACUGCACUCUUUCAAACCAUUCAUGAUCCUGUGUAUUUUUAAUGUGGUUUUAGUAAAUGUUGGUAGUAGCUCCGUUGACGUAGGUAAUUGUGUUCUGUUUUCGGUGGCACACACAUUGGGGCAUGGUAACCCAAAUUUCAUGUGCACGGUUUUCCCUCGGCCCACUGCCCAAAUUUCAUACACCCUUCACCCUGUGUUCCCUUUGUAAAAGGAGUGGUAUCUGUUUUGAGCUGCCAAUUCAGAUGAUCAGAAAUGCUGCUCUCCUCAGUAUUGUCUUGUUAAAACGCAUGCCAUUUUGAACUUUGGCAGUGAGAAGCCAAAAGGAAGAGGUGAAUGACAUACGGUAUCUAUUAUCUAUUCAAUGAAAGUGAAAUAUUUAUGCUCCUAUGCUUUCUAGUUCUCAGAAUACGUUUAUAAUAAGCUUUAUGCCAUAGGGCUGCUGCAUAUUUUAUCUGAAGGUGAAAAUUUGGGCAUUUUUCGAUUGUGACAAUGUGCUUAUUUUUACUGUUACAUAUGAUUUCUUGAUACUUGUCGACAAACUGGAGUGUUCUUUAAAUUUAUUAAACAGUGUUGUUUGAGAAAGGGAAAACUGCACUGUUGGCCAUUAGAACAGUCACGCAAGUGCAUGUCAAGUCACCCACUCUCUCAGGCAUUAGUAUCCGCCUCAUAGCUUUACACAUCUGAUGGGGAGUAUCGGCAGCAUCCUCAGGACUGACAUCUGGGAAAGGCUCAAAUCUACUUACUGCUCCUUGCUUGUGACUUUGUUUUAAAAUAUCGUGCCUGGUGUCAACUUUUAAGCAACAGCACUGCCUAAAAGCAAGCAGAGAACAGAAUCCCAGCACCAUUCUCUAGGCAACUUUUUAGAAUUCAGAUAGAGUAAAUCUUCAAGAUUUAUGCUGUUUCUGUAAAAAAAAAUUUUGUACAAUGUAGCUGAAUAUUUUUGUUUCAUUUCUUCGAUGUAAGGCAUGUGAACGUUCAUUUGAAUAUCACAUGUUCAAGUCAGGUAUGGCACAAUGGGUUCUGAGACCAGCUUCCCCCUCCCUCCCAUUUGCCUUGUUCAAAGCUCUUUUUUUCUCUUUUGAGAUUGCUUUCCAGAUACUCAUAGGCAAAUAUUUAAUUUUUACUAACAAGCAUCCUGUGUGAAUGUAUUGAAGAGGCCACUGUUUCAAUGUUGCAGUUUGCAGAAAUACAAAGCUACUUUUCUUACUUGUCACUUCCUUUGGUGUUUUCACAGUUAAAUCACAAAGAAGCCAGUGAGACAGUUAAAAGCUUAUCUGAGGCUCAUGUCAAAUCACUUAGUUCUGUGGGGGAUCAUACUAGAAUUGAGCAUGUGGAACACGGGCAAAUACGUUGUGCUCCAUUUAAAAGUAUAGUCAGAUGAGUGAAAAAAAUGUACUUCCGUGUCCCAAGAGUUUCUACAGAUUAACUCAUGCCAUCCCAUCUAUACUUUCAAACCGAAUAGAAAGAAGUAGAGAAAGCACAAAUAGGUUGUGUUCUUUGAUGGACUUUAUCCCAGUAUUCAUUUGUUCUGAGAUCUUAUAUUCUGAGUUUCUAAGAGUUUAAUUAUUUUGUAAAAUGCAUUGACGGAGCAGUAGCUUUGGUCACAGAAAGCGUCAUCGGCUUUCCAGUUCAUUUGGCAGGCCACAAAAAUAAUGUUUCCAUGCAAAGAAUUUGUGGCACAUUUUCAAAAUAGCACUCUUCAGUAUAUUUUGACAGAAAUGUAAAUCUCACGUUUGUAAGGCAUUCUUUAGCUCUUAUUUUCCUUUACCUUGGGAAAAAAAAUUACCUUCCUAAUAUGUUGAUUUGUGACCCAUUCCUUUUGAAUAGUAUCAUGUUUAUAAAACUUUAAGUUGUAGGGGAAAUUAGGCUAUUUUCAAAGUGAGGAACUUCAAAUAAAAGUUUGAAUUUGUAGCCAGAUAAGAACUUUUAUACUAAUGAUUGCUUCUGUGAUUUUAACUUUUUAAAGGAAUUAUAAUCUCCAAAUUUAACUUCAAAGAUAAAUUACAUCUUUAACCUGGCUUAUUUGCCAAAGUUGUAGUUUGUGUAUGGACAGAAUGCCAAGUGCAUUUUUAAUUUUAAAGAAUAAUAUUUUAUAAAUACCUUUAAAGUUUAAGGUAAAAAAAAAAGUAAAAAGAAAGCACCUAUACCCAUACUGCAGGAUGUUGUGAACAAGGUUCUCAAAAAUAAAAACUAGUUCUUUUCAGGAAGUUGGUUAAAGGAGAAACAUGCCUACUUCUUGUUUUUAUCAAGUUUUUUCUUUAUGCAAAUUUACCUGUUAAGUCACAAUUCUUACAAGCAAGAAAUACCAGGAAAAUCAAGCUUUAUUAACCUAUUUAGUAGUUUCUUUGGCAUAAGUUUGUUUUGGUUAGACCAGUUAUUCUUGGAACCAAAGGAAACCAAGCAUGUUAAAUUUGUUGUAUUCAACAAACAUGACAUUACAUUGAUAAAGUAAUGGAAUGUUUUUAAGUAAAAUAUUUUUCCAUUUUGAAAUUAUAUGAAAUAGGAACGUUUCUGUCUAUUAAAUGUUAAUUUUAUGGCAUAUAGUAUAAACUCAGUAGCAUUGUACUGAUACUAGAAGUUUGUGUCAUCAGAAAUCACAUUUAUGAAAAUGGCAUGCAAAUGCCAAUAAAUAUGACUUUUGGCACUGUAGCAUGGUACAUUCUGCUUUCAGAAAUUUCAGAAGUCAUAGUUGCAGCUAUUAGUAGUAGGUUUUUGUUACAACAAUCUUCCCCAAUUUAGAUAAUUUUCCUGUUUGUAUGUCUGUAACUUUUAACUCUAAAGCUUAAGAAUCAUGGCAAGCUUCUCAGAAGUGGUCCUUUCUUGCUUCAGUUUUGUAUUUAUAAUUACUAAUAUAUGAUGUAUUUUCUUUCAAACUAUCAGUGGUGAAAUGCACCACAUUUAUUUCUCUCUCUUUAACUCACAUUUGGCUCAGUGUUGUUGUCAGUGAUGGCUUUGCUUCUUACCGAACAGGCUUAUUUUCCUACUGUUUUAAGUCUUGAUGCACUCAGUGAUGCAGUAGUCUGGGUGUGUAUUUAUUUAGAAACUCUACUGUCCUUCCCCUGUGCUUAACUUGCUAAAAAAAAAAAAAAAAAAGUCCCCUUACCUGUGAAAUUCCCGAGCGGUGCUCUGCCAGCUGUUGGGGGAGGGUGGGGUUUGGACGGCUGAGUUACUGCACACUGGAUCUGGGAUUGUUCAGUGUUGUGAGUGGCGAAUUCUUAAACACCAGCAGCACUGAGAAGUGCACUAUGGGCAUUCAUACAGUUGUCCAAAUGCAAGCAAUCUUUUGUUUAAGAGAAGCUAGGGAAUAGAAUUCUUUAGAGUACUUGGAACAUUAUGGCGAGGAUGAACUUUUCAGCCUUUUUUUUUUUUUUUUUGUCUCUGGAGAGAGUAGUAUGGAGUAAAAUUUUAUUUUAAGAGAAAAUGUGUGUACAGAUCUUUUCUUUCUGAAAGGGCCAGGAUGUUGGGCAAAUUCACUAUGGUUAAGUUAUAUCUUUUAUUGUAAUUUGUUUCAAUCGUAAAUUUAGUGUCAACUAAUUGUUCAUGAGAAGAUCGACUCUUCCACUCCACUUACAAUUUAAUGGGGAAGGGUUCAUUUAUUUUAAUUACUUGGCAUUAAAUUAAUAACUCAUUCUGCAUCUGAUUCAUUCUGUAGCCUAUAAAGUGUUUUUGUUAACUAAUUGUAAUGUGGUUGGAAAGCAAAGCACACAAGUUUAAAAUUAAGCAAGAGGUUUUGUUAAUUUUUUUUUUCUUUGAGUGAUUGGUCAUUUUUUAUUGAUACUAUUCCAAAACAAAUUCUGGUUUAGAUUGUAUAUUUACUUUGCUUUUGUCCUAAGAAGAAUCCAAGCAUUAAAUCGAAUUGUUACUGUGUUCUAAUAAUCGGUUUAAAAUUUAAACUUUUUUCAUUAGAAGAUUUAAUGAAGUGCCAUGUAAUUAUAGUUUACUAGUGUUUAAUGUUUAAUAGACUGGUUCUGUGAUGUUCUGAUCAUUUAACAACCUGUCAUCCUUGGAGAAAGUGGUUCUACGUUGAACACGUUCUCUCUGACAAAAUCACCAGCUGCUUUAUUUUUCUAUUUAUUAAAAUUCAAUAGUCGAUGGGGUCUGAAUCUUGACCAACUGCUCAGCUGAGGUGUUUUCAUGAUAGACACUAUGUAAUGUGCGUGUAAAAGGACACAGUUGGGUGGUAGUAUUUUUUUUCAUUAAUGUGAACAUUGACUAAACAAAGCAGACCUGCCUUUCAAAUCUUAUGGCAGCUCAGAAGGGAGGUGCUUAAGAACCUUAACUACUAUGUCAGAUGACAAAAUACUUUUUUUCAUUUUGGAGAUUGGGUACUGCUCACACAUGAUGUAUAGGGCUAAAUAUGUGCUUGUUUCCUUGCUCCUGUGUACUUCCCCUUUUCUCCCUCCCUCCCUUCCCCUGUAGGCAAUAAAUGGCCAUUUUGCAACUGCA